AUGGGGGUAAGAAGUACAGUGAGAAGGUCAAUGUCAGUGGUGCAGGCGGCGAUGAAGGAAAUUAGACGGAGCGUGACGUACAUGCCUCGACCCGGGGACGGAGCGCCGCGGGGGGUGACGCUGAUACCGGGGGAUGGAAUUGGGCCUCUGGUGACGAACGCGGUGGAGCAGGUGAUGGAAGCCAUGCACGCCCCCAUUUACUUCGAGAAGUACGAGGUGCACGGGGACAUGAGGCGUGUGCCGGAGGAGGUGCUGGAUUCGAUUCGGAAGAACAAGGUGUGCUUGAAGGGUGGUUUGAGGACUCCGGUGGGUGGGGGAGUCAGCUCCCUCAACGUUCAGCUCAGAAAGGACCUCGAUCUCUACGCUUCCCUUGUCAAUUGCUUCAACCUCCCCGGCUUGCCCACCCGCCACCACAACGUCGACAUCGUCGUCAUUCGUGAGAAUACGGAGGGCGAAUACGCAGGUCUCGAGCACGAGGUCGUUCCCGGCGUCGUCGAGAGCCUCAAGGUUAUGUCCAAGUUCUGCUCCGAACGUAUUGCAAAAUAUGCCUUCGAGUAUGCAUACCUAAACAACAGGAAGAAAGUCACCGCCGUUCAUAAAGCCAACAUCAUGAAACUCGCUGACGGUCUCUUCCUAGAAUCUUGCCGACAAGUUGCAACCAAAUAUCCUGGUAUCAAGUACAACGAGAUUAUCGUUGAUAAUUGCUGUAUGCAACUUGUCUCCAAACCCGAGCAGUUCGACGUUAUGGUCACUCCUAAUCUGUAUGGAAAUCUAGUGGCUAAUACGGCAGCUGGAAUCGCCGGAGGCACUGGUGUCAUGCCUGGAGGAAACGUAGGGGCUGAUCAUGCAGUGUUUGAGCAAGGUGCUUCUGCUGGAAAUGUGGGAAAGGAAAAGAUGGUGGAGCAGAAAACGGCAAAUCCUGUUGCGCUGUUUCUCUCCUCCGCCAUGAUGCUGAGGCAUCUUCAGUUUCCUUCAUUUGCUGACCGCCUUGAGACUGCUGUGAAGCGCGUGAUUUCAGAGGGGAAGUACAUGACUAAAGAUCUGGGUGGAGACAGCACUACACAGCAGGUUGUUGACGCUGUCAUUGCCAACCUCGACUAG